AUGCGCCCGACAUCUAAUUGGCGCCGCGGCGCGCGGACCACCGACGCUCACGUUUUUCCUGGUACGCGCCUAGCCGCUAAGGGCGCUCGGGUCCAAGGCUGGGAUGUUGAACCUAUAGCCGCGCAGGACAGUCGCCUCCACUCAUUGUUGGCUGGAGAUGUCGCGUCGAUCUUUAUUACGCGACUGUCCGCGACUGCUGUUCCCUACUCCUCGGCCCUUAUUUGCGCUUGGCAAACGCCGAUAAGCGGUGAACGGGCGGCUUGUGCUUCCCACAUCUGCCGCGGCCUUGGCUCCCGGGCCCUAAUCAGUCGCCCCUCACCUGGGCCUAUCGGGUGUUCCGGUGUCGAUAAGCUUAUCGAUUCGGAGUAUCGCCACGUGGGUCGCCCCGCUAACGAGAUUAGCGACCGGUCCGGAUUGAUUCAGACGCCCGAAUCUAUUCUACGUCGCGACUCCGAA